GCACACCGUUAACAGAGGCAUUUCCGGGCCUUGCAGCCCCAGCUCGCAGAAGACGGCCUGCGGGGCUUUCCAUGGGACCGAUGGCUACCUACAGCCUGGCGAACGAGCGGCUGCACGCCCUGGAGGACAUCGAGCGCGAAAUCGGCGCCAUCCUCCAGAACGCAGGAACGGCGAUCCUGGAGCUGUCCAAGGAAAAAACCAACGAGCGGCUCCUCGACCGGCAGGCGGCAGCCUUCACCGCUUCUGUGCAGCAUGUGGAGGCGGAGCUGUCGGCCCAGAUCCGCUACCUCACCCAGGUGGCCACAGGGCAGCCGCACGAGGGUUCCAGCUACUCACACAGGAAGGAUUGCCAGAUGGCACUCAAGCGAGUAGACUAUGCCCGCCUCAAGAUCAGUCAUGUAGCACGAGCCUGUGAGCAGAUGCUGGAAAACUAAGUCAGGAAGACACAGAGUGCGGCCUGCACCCGGGGACAGAACCCAGAGACCAGUAGGACGGGGAGCAGAGU